CUGUAAUCCAUACGAAGACGCCCGAUCUGGUAGUGCGUGUGAGUUCUAUGUGAUCGAAACUACUGUAAUGUAUUCUAAUGUAUUCAUAAAGAGAAAAAAUCAAAGUGAAAAGUCAAGAUUUGAUCGCCAUAAGGAUGAGGUCUGCGCAGAAUGCUUUCGUGAAAACGACCCACCGUCGCUGGGACGGUGCUGCUGCCAAAAAGGAUGAUGACUGGGACGAUGACGACAUCAAUCAUAUUGCAGAUACUACUUCUCGAAAUAGUCUCAACUACAAUGUCGAUCUCCAAGAUCCCGGCCCUGACCCUGACCCUCCCACGCGGCGUGGCGUGAGUAUUAUUAAGGGCGGAAAUGCUGCUUCUAAGCGGGCCUUGUUCGAGAAUCGCAAGGUUGCUGAGCACAAAGUGCGUGGAGCGAGCAUUGGUGGUGAUGUCUCAGGCGGUAUUGGGAAGUUUGGGGCAAGAAAGGGAACCGAAGAUUUGGAUUUUUCUACCGGGAACAGAUUUGCGAUGCCUGGUGCUCGAGGGCCUUCGUCUGGACCGCCGCCAAAAGAUCCUCGUCAAUUCGCUGGACCUCCUCCCUCACCAUUUGUUGCACCACCACCGCUAAAAGAUCCUCGUCAAUUCAAUGGGCCUCUUUCCUCACCAUUUGUUGCACCACCACCGCCAAAAGAUCCUCGUGAAUUCAACGGGGGAAGUGGACCCUUGAGGACGUCAGGACUCCUGAGUACAUCAGAAACAGGAUUUUUGAGGACGUCACCACCAUUAGGAACAUCAUCGUCAAGGAUGUCUAAUGGACCAGGGAAAACCCCCGAUCCGAUGAGGCCUUUUCCCGAAGUAGAGAAAAGUUCAUCUUCUUCUCCGAGAUCCUCGAAAGUGGUCUUUCCAAGUGAAGAAACUUCUCCAAGAAAAAGUAGCGUCGAAAGAAGAACCUCGAAACUGAUCGCGUCUUUACUAGGAAAUGUUGAAGAAAGUCCUGUUCCUCGUCUACGUCAAAUGGGUGGAGCAGGACCUCUCGUCGUACGAGAAGAUGACGGAAAUACCAGUAGCAAUAGAAUUAGUACCAAACCGCACGUUAUGAAUACUGCGCGAGGGAAUAGUACUUCUUCUGCUCCAGCAGGACUGGCAGAUGGAGGCGAUGUUUUGUCUUCCUCGUUCGGAGGCCCCGCGAGGGCCUCGUCAGGAAGAUGGUCGAUAAAUUCUGAUGAAGAGGAUGUCGCGACACACGAACAAGAUGUUAGGCAAAGAACAAGUCGAGGAAGAGGUCCUUCUAUGUUGAACAAUAGGAAUAAAAAAGCUGAUUUUGUUCCAGGACCGCAGGACCAGCUGCACCAGGAAGACUUCAAAAGAUCUAGCUCAGGAAGAGGAGGGGACGACAAGAGUAGAGCCACAACUACAACACCUUCAAUAGCAAGGGCUUCUUCUUUCCGGGAAUCUUUACGGGAUCCAGGUAGCAGGUUACUUUCGAUAACUUCAGACUUGAUAGACGAGAAAAUUUUUCGACGGGAAGGGCUAUUUCUGGCUCGAUUUCUACGAAGACUCUUUGGCAUUCGCAAUGAUGAUGAGGAAGGUUCUCGUUUUUCUAGAACGAGUAGCAGCAUUAAUAUGCGUAGAAGCUCCUUCUAUCUGGUAUCUCGUCGUUUGAGCUCAACACAUUCAGCCCUAUGGCAGCGAUUUAACACUUCGUGGAUGGGCGGUCGGUCUUCGUCAAUCACGCGAGCAGAUGAUAAUGAUUAUGACCACUACGAAGUCGAAGAAAAGGAGGAGGAGGAAGAAGAGCAGCAGCGACGGACAACAAACAUGACGAGCAGUAUGGAGGAUGCAACAACUUUUGAUGAUCCUCUGCUGGAUCUGGACGAGGAGUUGACGUUACAGGAAGAAUUGAUUGCUUUCCUUUUCAAGUUGCUGCUUUUACCAGCUUUUUUAUUGGCGGAGUUGAUCGAAGCGCCUUUCAAGUUUGUUUUUGAGCACCGGCUUAUGUUGUUUCUCAUGCUGCUGACCUAUGCCGCUGUCGGCCAACAGGAGUUGGACAGACUGGGAAGACAGGCGAUAAACUUCACUGGAGAAUUGAUGAUUCAUCCUUUAUUCUUUGCUCCUGGUGCGGGUGAGAACCGUGAAGUACUAGGUGGAGCACCUUCUAGCACAUCAAAAGAUGCAGACAUAGAGGAAUCGCUGCGGGAUUAUAGGCCAGGCUCAGUGUAUUCAGGACGCCGCAUGAUUCUAGAAGGUGAAGAUGAACAAAACAAUUUGCUUCAUCGAGAACAACACUAUGAUUAUGAUAAUUUUGGUGAACAAAGAAAAAGUACGACAAGAACGAGCGCUUUUUCGACCAAUGCUCCUGGUGUGCCAUCUUCCUCCUUUACUGGUGCUUCAGCUUCAACCUCUGCUAGUUCAGCUUCAACCUCUGCUAGUUCAGCUUCAACCUCUGCUAGUUCAGCUUCUUUCGGCAUGUUCGGGUCUACUACUUCCUAUUUCGAUAAUGCCUCUUUCGAUAGUGACUUCUUCACAUGGCUUUACGACGAUGGGGAGUUUCUCUACUUCCCCGACAACUUGCCACCAUGGUUACAGUUUUUAGCGGACGCGGGACGAAUCGUGUUGCGAAGAGAAGAAGCGAUAUAUACCAAGUAUUCAUCAACAACAUAUGGUAGAUCAGAUGGUAGAUGAUCAUUGGAUGAUCACUGCCCACUGGAUAAUCACAUAUGGUAGAUAACCACAUAUGGUAGAUGAUCAUUCGGUAGAUUUGAGUAGAGGCCUGACUUAGUUCCCCAGGGUCUGGUCUCAAGUUUG